CCCCUCCCCUCCACGAAUCUUAUCUCCCUCAGUAGGAUGUUUCGGACAAUAUAUGAUUGGUUCUGGUGGGAUCGCCUCUGGUUGCCCUACAACCUGACCUGGACGGACUUGGAAGACCGAGAUGGGCGGAUCUACGCCAAGGCCAGCGACCUGUACGUCACCAUACCCUGUGCCUUUGUGUUCAUGAUCAUCCGCUAUCUCUUCGAGAGGACCAUUGCCACAUACUUUGCCCGAGCUCUGGGCAUUAAGGAGAAAGUGCGGUUGAGAGUCAAGCCCAACCCGAUUCUAGAAAAGUCUUUCAGAGCUUCCUCGAAGCACCCGAAACAGGUGGGUCCAGCCCCCCCCCCCUUGCUCAGCCUUUCACUACUCCAUUCAAAUGGAGGAAAACCACGGGGGGGGGGUUGGAGAGAUGAUAUUCUCGUUGGGUUUCUUUCAAUGGGAGAUAAGCUGCAGGGAGUGAAGGAAGGCAGGGUGAGGGGGAGGCCAGAGGGGGUCUGUAGCUGCUGCUGGCUGACUGAGUUUUGGAGAAGAGCCUGUUCCUUAAAGUUGACCAACUUUUGUCUCGAUCAGUCGGCGAAGAUGUUUAACUAUGCAGGCUGGAAGAAGACCUGUAACUGCCUCUUCAUUCUGUUUGCUGUCGCCUUCAUUCUCACCCGGCUCGUCAUCUUCCCUUUCUGGAUCAUUCACUGCACAGUGAUCUACCCGCUGGAACUAUACCCUGCCUUCUUUGGGUAUUAUUUCUUCAAUGCCAUUCUGGUCGUCCUCCAGCUGCUACACAUCUUCUGGGCUGCUCUCAUUCUGAGGAUGACACUGAAGUUCAUGACUGGAAACAUCGUGGAGGAUGAACGAAGUGACAGAGACGAGACGGACAAUUCUGAGGACGAGGAGGAGGAGCUGGUCAAGAACGGCCUCCUUUCCAAUGGACACUCCAUGAUUAACAACAACCACGGGAAGUCCGAUUAGUGCCUUACCUCUCUCGGUUGGGGGGGGGGGGUCUCGGAGCUCUCCAUCCCCCUCCCUCCCCCCCCUCUGUCCUUACCCCUCGCCCC